AUGUCAAAGCAGCCGGGCAAGUCAGUUCAUGGAUCUCAAGGCAAGCAGCGCACACCUGAAAAACAACAGACUCCGGAGGGCGUCGCAAAGUCCUCGUCGACCACGUCGCCUCACAGCGCGACUUCUCCGAUCGGAAGUGCCACCAUUAGCCCCGCUGCGGAGACGACGCCGAAACCGGUUGGCACGGACGGCAAGGGUGACAAGCCAGCUCGUCAACAUGGCAAGGCAGGUGCCGACAAGACCACCAAGACCCUCAUGGCUACUCAGGGUACGCGCAACCAGGGCAAGAGUCUGCCGGGAGACAAAGUCCGUUCCGCCACACUUCAAGACCAGGGAAAGUACAGAGGGAAAGCCGCAUUGCCGCCUCCCGCGCCCCCGUCCGCAAACAAAGUGGUCAACGCACCGGCGCAGGCAGUAGCGACGUCACCAACGCCGGCGCGGCCUUCUAUUCCAAAGAGAUCUCCCACUACAACCACGUCGCAGCCGAAAACUUCUGAAGCAACGAAGGUGGCGCCACCGCCGAAACAGCACACCUUGGGCGUCAAGAUUGCAAUCCUUCUGGCCUGCUCCGUAGCCAUCGUGCUCGUCACGUCUGCCGUUUUGUACAUGGUGCUCUUCAAGCAGCACAAACGGAGCACCAUUUUGUUAUGCCAGACUGACGACUGCCGCAAGCACGCGGCUCUGCUCACCGAAAACCUCGACACGAACCUCGAUCCUUGCGAGGACUUUGCGGCCUACGUGUGCUCAGCGGCGCGUAAUUUGUCCCUCGGCAAAACGCUGGUCAAUUCUGUCAGCCAAGGCAUGCAGUACAUGUGGUACGAGCAUUUUGGUGAAAUACUCCGCAGCGGCGCUAGCAAGUUUCCAGUCGGACGGAAGGCCUUGGCCAUGUACGACACGUGCUUGAACUAUUCGCAGGGAGCGCCACAACACAAGAAGUUCCUCGAACAUUUGAGACGCAGUGGACUAGACUGGCCCGGACCGCCCGCCACACUAGUCUCCUCAUUGGCUGUAAUUGUGAACUUCGGUUACAGGUGGCGCUCGCCACUCUGGAUAGCGGUGAGUGUGUUACAGAAUAACUCUUUGGGCUCCACCGCCGCAAGACGGCGCGUCCUGGUUAGGCUAGGAAUGUACAUCCCCGCCAUGCUGGAGCAGCAUCAGGACGCCAAAGCAACUUUCAACUACAUUGAGUACUGGAAGCAAUACCUCGAUCACUUGUACCCAGACGAAGCUACGCGACCUGCACUCAACAAAACUGCAGUUGACGAAGUCCGACGCAUGGAGAUGGAUGUGCUGCAGAAUUUGGGCUCUCUGCUCUCUUCUAAGGACCCAGAGCCAACGGUAUUAUCGUUCCGCCAACUCCCAGAAGCUGUCCCGAACGUGUCGACUGAAGUCUGGCUUCAAAGUUUUCAAGCUACUCUCACUCUAGAACCGACGCUGAAUGCCGACGAUGAGAUUGUUGUCAGAGACAUUAAGUUGCUUAAGGUAGUAGCCAAGCUGCUCUCUAAUUACACUGAGAUAGAGCUUAAUAGGCACUUGGCGUGGUUAUUUGUGCAGUACUACGCUCCCGUGGCCGAUUACCGCCUACUCGUCGGCAAAUAUGGCGACGAGAAGGAAGCCAAGGCGCACCUACGCGACUUCUGUGCUCGAAUCGUGGAAGAGCCUUUCAGGGCACUCGUUCUCGCGCUCAGCCUCGUUUCACGUGUCGCGGCACCGGAUCGAAAGAUCAUCGAAGACGGCUUCAAUGGCCUCAUCUCGGCAGCCGUUGACAGGAUCAACGUUUCUAUCUGGGCCGACUCGAAGAGCAAGGAGCAAAUUAUAAAGAAGUUGCAAGGUGUGAAGAAGGCGUUCUGGCCUCCCGGCGCUUUGCUGAAGAGCAGCACCCUUGAGAAUAUCUACGCCAAUUUCGCAGAAAAGGCAGGCUCUCUCGCCGAGUUCUGGAUAAAUAAUAGUGUAGCAGCGUUCAGUAUGAACGUAACUCAAGAGUACGAGGAAGCCAUGAGGCUGCGCUGGAACAAUCUCCCAGGAUACGCUAGCUACAACUAUGUCUUGAACACGUUGGAACUUGCAAUGUCCGCAAUGGAAGCACCCGCGUACUACCGGAACGGCACUCGGGCUAUGCUGCAUGGUGGUUUGCUUUUUAUUAUGGCGAACCAGCUGAUCCGAGCGAUGGACCAAAAAGGCCUGCGCUGGACGACCAAUGGAUUUGCGGUCAACAACAGCCUAGUCACCAACUACACGCUCAAGGAACUUCAAAAGAAGGAAAGUUGCCUUGCAGGUAAAGGAGCAUCGAGCCCCUUCCCAGAACUACCUGCAUUUGCAGUAUCUGUCAUUGCAAUGAGAAAGGCGCACGAACGAGAUGGGGGCCAGAUUACCUUCCUUCGCGAAGACCUUUCGGAAGAGAAGGUGUUUUAUAUGACCCUCUGCUACCUGUCAUGUGACAGCUCUGGUCAAAGAAAUCCACAAGCUCCGGACUGCAACAAAGUAGUGCGAAAUUCCGUAUCUUUCUCGAAAGCCUUUAACUGCCCUGUGAAUUCACCCAUGAACCCCAAGAAGAAAUGCUUCUACUUCAAGAAGAACCCGCGGUAA